CCUCCCUCUUCCACUCUCUUCCUCACUCUUCCUCGCUCUUCCUCUCUCAGGCUCGCCGUCUGUGUCACUGAGGCUCCGGGCGACCCAGCGACAUGGCUGCGUUCCUGCGAGCCCGUAAAUAUGUUCGUUGUGUUGUCCGUUUCUCCGACCGUGAACUGUAAACGCUCGUGUUUCGUGGUUGUGCAGUAAAGACUCUGAUCCCUGAAGGCCUCUCUGUCAUGGCUGAAGAAAAUCUAGAAAACAUAGGUAUGGUGGAGGAUGAAGAUGAAGGGUUGGAUGAUCCACACCUUCAGGUGCGGCUCAACGCGUUCAGAGCUCAGUGGAUGUCAGAGCUCAAGCCGGGCCCUGGAGAGCGUGGAGCGAGUGAGCGCCUGCUGCGAGCUAAAGGUGCGAAGAGGACACAAGAAAUAGCUCGGGAGGAAAAAGCAGCUGAAUUGUUCUUGAGAGCUGUUGAGGAGGAGCAAAAUGGAGCUGUCUAUGAAGCCAUCAAGUUCUAUCGUAUGGCCAUGCAGCUUGUGCCUGAUAUUGAGUUCAGAAUCAACUACAACCGUCCUCCUGAUGCAGACCGAGCUGGAGGGAAAUACUUGGGGGACAAUGUUGCUGACGAUGCGAUCGAGGAUCUACUUGACUACUUUGAGCAGCAGCUCACACUGGAAAGCGCCUUUCCAAAGAUCUGCACUCCUGAGCUGGAAAUGACUCAUAUGCACAUUUCAGCCUUGCCUCGGGAGAUCCUGAUGUAUAUCUUUCGUUGGGUUGUGUCGAGUGAUCUGGACAUGCGAGCCCUGGAGCAGCUCUCUCUGGUGUGCAGAGGGUUUUACAUUUGUGCAAGGGACCCUGAGAUCUGGCACUCAGCCUGUAUGAGAGUUUGGGGACGCAACUGCACCAAAGUUGUACCCUACAACUCCUGGAGGGAGAUGUUUCUGCAGAGGCCUCGAGUCCGUUUUGAUGGUGUCUAUAUCAGUAAGACGUCAUAUAUUCGUCAAGGAGAGGAGUCACUGGAUGGAUUCUACAGGGCUUGGCACCAUGUGGAGUACUACAGGUACUUGCGGUUCUUCCCUGAUGGAUACGUCAUCAUGUUGAACUCUCCAGAAGAACCUCUGGUGGUCAUCCCUCGCUUGCGUACAAAGAACGUGAGAGUGGAGUCUGCUCUGCUCGGUCAUUUUCGUCUGUCACAGGAGACAGACAAUCAAACCAAAGUUUUUGCUGUUGUUUGCAAGAAGAAAGAGGAGAAAGCGGCCGAGUUUCAAAAGAAUCGGUUCUGCAGGCGGAACCCACCUCCAGAGGCUGAGCACAGCUUCCACGUGGGUCUGCAUGUGUCCUCUGGGGGGCGCCAGAACUUCAGUAAGCUGAUGUGGAUCCACCACUCCUGCCACAUCACUUACAAGCUGACUGGAGAAACGGUCGUCACAGCCUUUGACCUGGACAGGAUGUACGCCCCCUUCCUCUUUGCACGUGUGAAGAGUUACACUGCUCUCUCUGAGCAGCCUCUGUGAGCGGCCUGAAGGACCUACACAAGCCCACAAAGACCCCCAGAGAAAGUCCAUUCACCAUGUUAACUAAACACAUGCUCCUCAGCCUCUUUAAUUUGUGCUGCAGCUGGGUUAUCGUGUUCAUAAUAGCAUGUUAUGUUUGAGGUUUACAAAAAUAGAAAGCUACUUAUUUUCGUAUUUCAGAAAUUAUGCUAAUGUGCUGAGAGCUCAAACUAUUAGCAACCUCCCCCACCUGUCUGAGUAAUGAAUCUUUAUGCUGGUUUUGUUUCAUGAUGCACUAUCUCCCUAAAAAUAAACUGGUGAACAGAG